AUGCGCAGACGACGCUCGAACUACACGGGCAGGGUCCGCGUCGUCGACCGGCACCAACGGCCACGGACCUCCGCCGUCGAACUCGAAGACGACGCCUCGGAUCCAGCACCUGCACACGAAGCAACACAGGCCGCAGCCAGCGCGUCCACAACGUGCAGCGACGGACGGAAGACACGAGACGACGACGACGGCACAAGACGAGCAGAGGCAGGACGGGACGAGGACACGACGGAACCCACCCCCGUCCGCCGCGCCCUUUAUGCGCGCGACCAGGCGCACGGACCACCGCCGCCCGAGCCUCCCCAGCCGCGGCGCAGCCUGGCCUCCCGUGCAGGCGCCUUCACGCAUCUCCGCCGCCGCCUUACCCCCAAAACCGAAAUUCCGAAGCGAAGCGGCGGCCCUGCACGCCAUCCCGCCGCGUUCGCGGUUCGUCUUCGAUUGGCGGUGCCCAUCCGGUCGCCUGGGCACCCGGUCGCGUCCUGUGCGACGGCGGCCGCGGAGGGUCUGCACGCUGCCUCUGGCGGAGGUCGCCCCGUGUACCGGCCCCCGCUCUCGCGAAUAGAUGUCGUUGACCGGCUCGUUGCCGGUCGAGUUGCCUGCCCUGCGCGUCCUGAGCCCGCUCUGGGAAGUGGCAGCGGCCGAUGCAGAGCCUGCAGCCACACCGUUGAGACGACGCCUGAGCACCCGCACACGGGAGAAGACAAGGCCGUGCACGCCUCAAGAACUGCUCCGCGCGCCGCAGACGACCCAAGACAGCACGAUCCGCUCGUUCGGCGCCGCGUUCGCGUGUCUUCGCGCCGUCCACACCGUGUCUCCGCCUCUGUGCGCCCGCCGCCGCAAUCGCCGUUCCCACCUCAAUAUUGCUCUGGCGGCCGUCGCACAUACGGCGAUACACAUCCGCGCAGCCCCGUGGACCGAUUCCGCACCGUCUCCGCGCUCUCCGCGAAGAACACGCUACGGUUCUCGUCCGUUUCGGGCCCAGGAGCACGGAAAUCCGCGUGUCCCGACCCGGCCCUGCGUCCUGGCGGCGCACCCUUCCGCAUACGCGACGUCCUGCAACCCCUGCGCCUUCUCGCGGCGCUUUCGAGCGCGCACGGAUGGUCCGAACAUCGCGAUUUCGGUGCGAUUUCGGUGCCCCGCCUGCACCCCCGCCCUAAAUCGAUGCUCGCGCCCAAGGUUCGCCGCGGCAGCCUUCGAAAACACGACUACGAGGACCGUUGGACCGUUUCGCAUGCGCCUGGAACGCUCCCGGAGCCCCGCGCGGAGAUGAAAUGCAGCUCUGACAUCCAGCAUGCGCCGACCACCGGCCCUCGCCUGCUCACACUCCAUUCUGCGGACUUGGCACCCAGACACCAGUCGAGGCGGAUACCAGGCACCCGGGAUGCGGCUGGUCGCUGGUGGUCCGCCUCUGCAGGUCCCUCGCGCACUGCUCGCGGUGUCUGCCUGCCACCUGCAGCCGUUUGCCACCGGCUGCGUCGGGAUACGAGCUGA